AUGCUCACCAUCGAUAUGUCUUCUCUCACAAGUUCCUCCUCCUCCUCCCGCACAUCUUCCAUAAGCUCAACAACAAGUUCGAAAAGUCUCAAUGACAACACGAAUGCAGGUAUUGGAAAGAAGAAGUUUUGCUGUAGUUUCGCGGGAUGCGGAAAGUCAUUUUCGAGGAGUGAACAUUUACACCGUCACGCGUUAAACCACAAGGAUGGAAAUCAUACAUGUUUGCGCUGUCGUGCUCAUUUUCGACGUCGCGACCUUCUUGACAGACAUGUGAAUCGUCACAAGGAGAAGGACGAUGAGGCUGGUGGCGAAGGAUUAGGUGUAUUGGCAACCAGGAAAAGACUUUGGAGAGACGCGGACGGAAACAUUGUUGCUACAAGAAGACCAUCAUAUGUUCAGGAAGGGACCAAGCGCAGGCAAACAACGACCAGAGCGGACAGAAAGAUGAAAGUUAGCACUCAGACAGAUGCUCACGAUCAAUUCGGAACUCACCAAUUACUAUCCCCGCCAAUGAACACUCCCACUAUCAGAUCAAGGUCGCCAUCUAUAAUUGUGGUGGAUACUGGAAGGCCAUAUCAUGAGGUUGAGGAUCACCAAAGAUUUGAGUCACAUCAUCCCGUACCCUGGAGCGGAAUGACCACAUCAAUGCCAUCACCACCAACCUCAGAGUCCAGCAUCCACUCUGCAGGCCAAUCACCAGCUCCCGAGCUCAGUGAGCUUGACGGGCUUUAUGAAGAACCCACCUGGCCCACCAUACCAAAUUCUCUGCCUCAAGCUGCUUCUCUUAACCGCCAACUCCCCGAACCUGCCGAAUAUAACAUGGGACCUUCACAUCAAUGGGGCUCGCAACCUUUUCAAACGUUUAUGGGGGCAAUGCCAGAGGUAUCUGGGAGCUACGAUGAUAUCUUCAAACCAGAUCCGGGGAUGUAUGAGUGGCAAAUGCCUCAAUGGAAUAACCCGAUGCUGAUGUCGAGAGUGAGGGAGGAAAAACCUGGGUAUGACUGUCAAGAAGAACCGAAAAGAGAAUGGGAUUAUUCAUAUUCUGCGCAAGGGGGGAAUUUUCAUAGGGCUUAUGGUGUUGGGAGGUGUUGA